AUGGGUACUGAUUUCAGAAGCGUGCUGCCUCUUGAGGAGAUGUACAACUUUCUUUCAGCAUCAAUACCUGUUGAGGUCUGGGGAGUUAGUGCUGGCUCUAAGAAUGCUGGGAUAAUCGUUGGAUUCGAUGAGUACAUGAACAUCGUUCUUGAUGAGAACGGAAAGCGUGUCUUAAUCAAAGGAGAUUGUGUGUGUGCAAUAGUUGCUAAGGAAGAUGCAGUGCAGAGAUAG